CUUGUGUGCAGAGAGACAUCCACCUUGUAUCUCCACUGGAAAAUAACCUCAUCAAAGAGUCACAGCUUUAUUCGGCGGAGGAUACCGCUAUGAUGGGUGUUUAUCACGAAAGCGGACUUAAUUACAGUUUUCGUGCUCGUGGAUUUAGAUAAAAAAAACAAAAAAAAAACAACACAUCUUAACGCCCGCGAGCUAACGUCACUUCUAUCCUCUGCAUGUUUUGAUCUUGACGAGUGUCUUCAGACGAAGGACAUUAAAGGAAGCUUACCUGGAGCCUAAACUGCAAACAUGUCUGGGGCGUCUGUAAAAGUCGCCGUCCGUGUACGGCCCUUCAACUCAAGGGAGAUGAGCAAGGACUCCAAAUGUAUCAUUCAGAUGCAAGGGAACACUACAAUUAUUGCCAACCCUAAAGCACCAAAAGAACCAGCAAAGACCUUCAGUUUCGAUUACUCCUACUGGUCACACACUACGCCGGAAGACCCCAGCUUUGCAUCACAGAACCUUGUGUACAAUGACAUUGGAAAGGAAAUGCUGCAGCAUGCUUUUGAGGGAUACAAUGUCUGCAUUUUUGCCUAUGGCCAGACAGGAGCUGGCAAAUCCUACACCAUGAUGGGCAGGCAGGAGGAGGGACAAGAAGGGAUCAUUCCCAUGCUCUGUGAAGAUCUAUUUGAGAAAAUCAAUGAGGAAGGCAACAAAGAGGAGCUCUCCUACUCAGUGGAGGUCAGCUACAUGGAGAUCUACUGUGAGCGGGUGCGAGAUUUGCUCAACCCUAAGAACAAAGGGAAUCUACGAGUGCGAGAACACCCACUUCUGGGCCCAUACGUGGAGGACCUAUCCAAGCUAGCUGUCACCUCCUACACAGACAUCGCUGACCUGAUGGAUGCAGGCAACAAGGCCAGAACUGUGGCUGCCACCAACAUGAACGAGACCAGCAGCAGGUCACAUGCUGUUUUCACCAUCGUCUUCACACAGAAGAAACAUGACAGCGAAACAGACCUCUCUACAGAAAAGGUCAGUAAAAUCAGUCUGGUAGACUUGGCCGGGAGUGAACGAGCAGAUUCCACUGGAGCUAAAGGUACCAGGCUAAAGGAGGGAGCAAAUAUCAACAAAUCUCUCACCACAUUAGGAAAGGUUAUCUCUGCCUUGGCCGAGGUGGAUAACUGUACCAGCAAGAGCAAGAAGAAGAAGAAGAGUGAUUUCAUCCCUUACAGAGACUCUGUCCUGACAUGGCUACUGAGGGAGAACCUCGGUGGAAACUCAAGAACAGCCAUGGUAGCUGCCCUCAGUCCUGCAGAUAUCAACUAUGAUGAAACUCUCAGCACUCUCCGCUAUGCUGACCGAGCCAAAAACAUCAAGUGCAAUGCUGUCAUCAAUGAGGAUCCCAACAAUAAGUUGGUGCGUGACCUGAAGGAUGAAGUAUCUCGACUGAAGGAACUUCUCCGUGCACAGGGCCUGGGAGACAUCCUGGACAUUGAUCCUAUGGGGGAUGAUUACCCAGGAAGUGGAAUCAAAUACCUCAAAGACAUUCAGAACAAUAAGAAUAGAUACUUGAUAGCCUCAGAGAAUCAACGCCCUGGCCAUUUCUCCACAGCACCUAUUGGUUCCCUGACAGCUUCUCCAUCCUCUGGCUCACUGUGCAGCCAGGGUGUCCUUCAGUCGGUCACCAGCAUCCAGGAGCGCAUCAUGUCUACCCCUGGAGGAGAGGAAGCUAUCGAAAGACUCAAGGAAUCAGAAAAGAUCAUCGCUGAGCUCAAUGAAACCUGGGAAGAGAAACUGCGAAAAACGGAGGCAAUCCGCAUGGAAAGGGAGGCCUUGCUUGCAGAGAUGGGUGUGGCAAUCCGUGAAGAUGGAGGCACGUUGGGAGUCUUCUCUCCUAAAAAGACUCCACACCUGGUUAACCUGAACGAGGAUCCUCUCAUGUCAGAGUGUCUGCUCUACUACAUCAAAGACGGAAUUACAAGGGUGGGUCAGGCUGAUGCUGAGAGACGACAGGACAUUGUUUUGAGUGGUGCUCAUAUCAAGGAAGAACACUGCAUCUUCCGCAGCGAGAGGAAUGCCAAUGGAGAUGUAAUCGUCAUGCUGGUGCCCUGCGAGGGAUCAGAGACUUACGUCAAUGGCAAGCGUGUUGAAGAUUCAAUCCAGCUUCGUUCAGGUAACCGUAUCAUUAUGGGAAAGAACCAUGUGUUCCGAUUCAACCACCCAGAGCAGGCUAGAGCUGAAAGGGAGAAGACACCAUCUGCUGAGACCCCUGUGGAGCCGGUGGAUUGGACUUUUGCUCAGCGAGAGCUCCUGGAGAAGCAGGGUAUCGACAUGAAGCAGGAGAUGGAGAAACGGCUAACUGAGAUGGAGAUCUUGUACAAAAAGGAGAAGGAAGAGGCAGACCAACUUUUGGAGCAACAGCGUCUGGUGUACGAGAGCAAAUUGCAGGAGCUUCAGAAACAGGUGGAGACUAUUUCCUUGGUAGCAGAGACACCUGAUGAAGAAGAGUUGGAAGAGGAGGAAGAAGAGGAAGAGCCCAAACUUCUAGGAUUGCCAUGGACUCAGCAUGAGUUUGAGUUGGCUCAGUGGGCCUUUAGGAAGUGGAGGUACCAUCAGUUCACGUCCCUCCGUGACCAGCUGUGGGGAAACGCCGUCUACCUGAAGGAGGCCAAUGCUAUUAGUGUGGAGCUAAAAAAGAAAGUGCAGUUCCAAUUCGUCUUACUGACAGACACGCUGUACUCCCCGGUGCCCCCUGAGCUCCUGCCGCCAGAGAAGGAGCGGGACUCGAGGCCUUUCCCCCGCACCGUAGUGGCUGUUGAGGUUCAGGACCUGAAGAACGGAGCCACACACUACUGGUCCCUGGAGAAACUCAAGCAGAGGCUGGAACAGAUGAGAGAGAUGUAUGACCGUGCAGGAGAAAUGGCGUCCUCGAACCAGGAUGACGGUGAGGGCAGUCUGACAGGCAACGACCCCUUCUAUGACCGCUUCCAUUGGUUUAAACUUGUUGGGAGCUCCCCAAUCUUCCACGGUUGUGUCAAUGAGCGCCUGGCUGACCGCACGCCCUCACCCACCUUCUCCACCACGGACUCCGAGAUCACAGAGCUUGCGGAUGAGCGCCAGAGCGAGAUGUCGGACUUGAUUGACGAUGAGGCAUUUGUGGACGAUACCAGUUCAGACGCCGGUACAGAGGAGGGCUCAGACAUCUUCAGCGACGGACAGGACCCGUUUUACGACCGCUCCCCCUGGUUCAUCCUGGUGGGAAGAGCUUUUGUGUACUUGAGCAACCUGCUGUACCCUGUGCCACUGGUGCACCGUGUUGCCGUAGUAACAGAGAAGGGCGAGGUGCGUGGUUUCCUGCGUGUGGGGGUUCAGGCUAUAGCUGCUGAUGAGGAGGCCCCAGACUACGGGUCAGGAGUUAGACAGUCAGGAACCGCCAAGAUCUCGUUUGAUGAUGAGUACUUCAAAAAGAAUGACUUCAGCUCCACCGUUAUGACCCGCUCUGGCAUGUCUCUGGAAGAGCUGCGCAUUGUGGAGGGCCAGGGUCAGAGUUCAGAGGUCAUCACACCCUCAGAGGAGCUCAACAGAAUCAAUGACAUGGACCUCAAGCUGGGAAAUGUUGCAGAGACCAAGCUGGGUCUUGAUGACGAUCUGGUAGGCCAACUGGAGGUGGGCAGCAUCUUCACCUUCCGUGUUACGGUGCUCCAGGCCAGCGGCAUCCCUCCUGAGUACGCGGAUAUUUUCUGCCAAUUCAAUUUCCUUCAUCGUCAUGACGAGGCGUUCUCCACCGAGCCUCUGAAGAACGCUGGUAAAGGAGCUCCUCUGGGCUUCUACCAUGUUCAAAACAUAUCAGUUGAGGUCACUGAGUCUUUCAUUGAGUACAUCAAGAGUAAGCCCAUCGUGUUUGAAGUGUUCGGUCACUACCAGCAGCAUCCUCUGCACCUUCAUGGACAGGACCUAAUCAGUCCUCCAACACCAUCAAGGAAAUACUAUCCUAUUCCCAUGCCUCUGUCUAGACCAGUUCCAGCCACCAAGUUGAACACCAUCACCAAGUCCAACCUGGGUCAGUGUGUCAGCAAGUACGACCUGCUGGUUUGGUUUGAGAUCAGCGAGCUGGAGCCAACCGGAGAGUACAUACCAGCUGUAGUGGAUCACAGUGGAGGACUGCCGUGCCAUGGCACCUACCUACUGCACCAGGGGAUACAGCGGAGGAUCACUGUGACUCUCAUCCACGAAAAGGGGAGCGAGCUCCACUGGAAGGACGUCCGAGAGCUGGUCGUUGGUCGUAUCAGGAACAAGACUGAGGUGGAUGACAGUGCUGCGGACGCCGUCCUCUCUCUGAACAUCAUAUCUGCCAAGAACAUCAAAUCAUCCCACAACUCCAACAGGACUUUCUACCGCUUUGAGGCCGUGUGGGACAGCUCCCUGCACAAUUCUCUACUGUUAAACCGAGUCACUCCAUAUGGAGAGAAGAUCUACAUGACAUUGUCUGCAUAUCUGGAGCUGGACCACUGCAUACAGCCUGCUAUUAUUACCAAAGACAUCUGCAUGGUGUUCUACUCGCGAGAUGCAAAGAUCUCUCCUCCUCGUUCCCUCAGGAACCUCUUUGGGAGCGGAUACUCCAAAACCCCUGACUGCAAUCGAGUCACUGGCAUCUAUGAGCUGAGCUUGUGCAAAAUGUCUGACAGUGGAAGCCCAGGGAUGCAGCGGAGGAGGAGAAAGAUCCUGGACACAUCAGUGGCUUAUGUGCGUGGAGAGGAGAACCUGGCUGGAUGGAGGCCCAGAGGAGACAGUCUCAUCCUGGAGCACCAAUGGGAGCUGGAGAAGAUGGAGCAGCUGCAUGAGGUGGAAAAGACCCGUCACUUGCUCCUGCUGAGGGAGAAGCUGGGAGAGGCGGCUCCUGUGGGAACAGCUCCCACCACGAAGUCCCUGAGCGAGUUGUUGUCCCCGAGCAUGAGCACAGGCAGCCUGUCCACCUCCACCUCCAUCUCCUCACAGAUCUCCAGCACCACCUUCGAAAGUGCCAUCACCCCCAGCGAGAGCAGCGGCUACGACUCGGCCGACAUCGAGAGCCUGGUGGAUCGAGAGAAGGAGCUGGCUACUAAGUGCCUGCGCCUCCUGACACACACCUACAACAGUGAAUAUAACCAGGUGGUCAACAGUAUCAGUGACUGCAAACUCUCAGACAUUUCACCAAUGGGACGUGACCCAUCAGUGACUAGCUUCAGCAGCGCUACCCUCACCCCCUCCUCCACCUGCCCCUCUCUGGCUGACUCCCGCUGUAGUUCCAUGGACCAGAAGACUCCAGAGAACAGCUCCCGUGCCUCCAGCCCCUCCUGCUCAGACUAUGAAAACUUCCCGAUGGUCCCCACUCUCGAGGCCUCCUACCUGGCACGGGCUGGAAAGAACGAGUUCCUCAACUUGGUGCCUGAUAUUGAAGAAAUGAGGCCAGGAUCGGUUGUGUCUAAGAAAGGUUUCCUGAGCUUCAUGGAGCCACGCUCCAACUCGUGGGUGAAGCACUUUGUGGUUGUGCGCCGGCCCUAUGUCUUCAUCUACAACAGCGACAAAGAUCCAGUGGAGAGAGGCGUCCUCAACCUCUCCACAGCACAGGUGGAGUACAGUGAAGACCAGCAGGCCAUGCUCAAGACUCCGAACACAUUCGCUGUGUGCACAAAACAUCGAGGGAUCCUCCUGCAGGCCAACAAUGAGAAAGACAUGAACGACUGGCUAUACGCCUUUAACCCUCUGCUAGCAGGAACGAUAAGAUCUAAGCUGGCGAGGAGGCGCAGUGGCCUGUUGAAGAACUGAGAGAAAAGAAAAUUCACUGCUUCCAUAGUUUCUGGAAAGCUUUUGAACAUACCAAGUGUUAACACUUAUUAAUCAUUGUGAUUCUUGACAGUGUUCUCUUGUAAGUAGACUUGUGGCUUAAGUCUCCUUUCAUGCGACUAAAAGUUUCAGUUCCAGAGGAAUUUUGCCCCCCUUCUCCCUCCAGCAACCCUCUGACAACUUAGCUUUCCUCCUCUCUAUUUCUCCUCCCCUCCUCCUCCUCCUCCUCCUCAGCUUUUAGUGUUUUUGUUUUUAUGACAAUGUUUGAGUCUUAUUUGUUCUGCUUUGUUGUCAUUCUCUAACUCCCCUGAUUAGUAGCAUGUUGUAAUAGUCUACUUGUGUGUGCACGAUUCUUCAGAAACUGUUCUUUCUGGCCACUAAUUUCAGUUUGCCAAUCAUCUGUAAAAAGAGAAGUCUUAUCAGUGUUAUUUGUGUCUAGAGAAAACUUUUAUUUAAUUGUUUGUUUCCUUUUUUUUAUUUAAUGCCCGCAUGAUAACUGCAGCAGACCUCAGGAGUAGACCAGAUUUCUUACUCAAAAAAUUGUAAACAAAUAUCUCCAAUUGACAUAUCAGUUUACGUUCUGCUAGCAAAGCUACUUAAGGAUCUAGUGCUGCUAAUGAAUUCAUAGGCGAUUCUUCUCUUCAUUAGAUUUACAUUAGACCACUGCCUAUAGCUCCCUUUGACCGCCUCGUUAAAAGCCUUUAGAAAGACAUUAAGUAAAAGAAAUUGUCUAAGCCCCAACUAAGCCAAACAUGAGGGCAGCACUGGAUAUCUCACUUUCAACCAUGUGAUAUUGAGAUCCCACUCCUCAGUCCCUGUAAAUACACCAACUCCCACCCGCUAUAGUCCUGUCAGUGAGCUAUACAUUAAGAAAUACAAAUACACAUGCUUACAGGAGAAACAUACAAAGAUAAUAUCUCAGAAUUAAAAACAUGACGACAGAUUGUUCCUGCAGGAGUCGAUAUUUGUCCCUGUCCUUUCAAUAAUAAAAAAAACACAAAAGUCAGGUUUCAAGGAGAGGAGGAGGAGGAGGAGGAGGGAGAUGGACGUUAUUGUACAUACAGUCUGUUCUGGGAUCAGUGUGGUAGAUAUCUCUCAUUGAAAACAUUCCUCUCAGCUCCUCUUGCUCUUUGCAUUUUUUUUUUCUUGAACUAACAUGUUGAGCAUUGAAACUCGAAAGUGUCUCAACAUUUGCUAUAGAUUAGUUGAAGUGUCAUGUAUGUGUGAUUCAGAAGACAAAGGAGAACCUGUUGACACGGGAGAACAAAGUGAGAUUGAGAAGGAAGUUGCUCUAGUUGCGUUAGCCUUGAUGCCAGUAGUUAAUUAAUGAAGCUGCUAGCAUGUAGCCUGCAGGACGGAUGAUGAUAGUCUGACCCAUGACUCACUCAGUGAAAUACUUCAUGUUCUGCAGCACUGUAGGUUACCAUAUUUUUUUCUUUCAUCUAACUCUCAUUGUUUGAAGUUUUUUAAUUAUUAACACGGUUGAUUUUUUUUAUUAUGCUUUAACCAUUCCAUAGUGAAGUUUUAUAUGAAAUGUAACAGAGGGCAUUGAUGACUUAAUUUGUAACCAACUAUAUUGGUGUUAAACCUUAUUUUGCACAUUAACACAUAUCUAUAGCAAGACGAGGGCAGAUCAUCACACAUGUUGAAUCCAGGAUUAUUUUUGAGUAUCAGGAUCACUGAUAAGAGCACAUAUCAUGGCUACACUGGAUAGCUGUUUGUCGAAAAGGCUUACUAGAAAGAAGACAGAAAGAAGGAAGAGAUAUUAAAGGGAAGACAUACUCAAAGGUUUUAUUUUAUGCAUUGUUCGUGAAUAUUUUUGCUCUGUACAUCGAACUAAAGCUGCUACAUUUGGCUCCUGAUAAUUGGCGCUUUUGGUGCCUCUGUUUCUACAAAUGGUACGAGUGAGACGAGUACAGCUGGGUGUUAAAAACUCUGGCCAGCCAACCAGUAGUAAUGCCUGCUGUAUAGUGUGAAGGGGUCAAAUGUGUUGAAACAAAGGUAGCCAUGCCUGUUACAAGUAACAAUGGAAUUAUUUGAGAUGAUUUGUCAUUGAUGCUGAUAUAAGAACGGAAAACAUUUUCCUCAGAAGUCAGAGUGAGUUAAACUUGCAGGGUUUGUGUCCUCAGGUCAGCCAACCUGCUGGUCACAGAAACCAACAAUCGAAUCAAAAUGUUUCUGAGAAAUGUUUUUGACUGUAUGAAAGGAGAACAUGAAGAAAACAAAAUACAUGUAUGCACUGAUUGAGUCUUGAAGUGCAUAUGUACCUCACAUAUGUGAGCUACAUAUCGACCUGAUGAUGUCUGACAGAGCAAACAUUUUCACUUCAGUGACUUAUUUGCAGAGGUCUAUUUGGAUUGUGUGUAUUUAUUGUUUGCAAUGUAUAUAUUAGUUUGCAGCUCUUUGCACAUAUCAAUAAAAGGUUCAACUAACUGAUCAAAUAAAGUCUAUGCGGUCUAGUUGUUCUACUCAGAGUGAACCAAAAGAAGGUGUGGCAGCCUCUGCCAGUCUGGAGAGUGUCGAAUGUACUAUGAACAUGUUUUUCCAUCAUUUAAAAAAAAAAAAGAGAACUGAAAUGUAACCUACUGCUUCUUUUCAGGGCAGGUGAGUUACAGAAGUAAGUUAUUAGAAAGUGGUUUUAGUGAAAGUCUCAUUUACUGCUCAUGCUAGACAGCCACUUCAUUAGAACUAGAUAAAGGUGGUUUUACUAUUUUUUUCUAAUAUCAGGGAAUAGAAUACGAAGUAGCUAGUGACAUCUAAAAUGACAGUAUACUAUUGUUCUGCUGGUGUCUUUCUUCACCUCAACACUUUUUUCCGUUGAUGCCUUUCAAACAAAACUAGCCAGGAUAUUUCCCAUUAUCCCCUCUUAAGAUUAAUAUCAGUUAACAGCGCUCCCUUACGAUUUGUUCACCCACAGAAAUGACACGUCAUGGCAUUAAACACUGUACAUUAAUUGUCAGACUGGUUUCAUUUUCAUACUUAUUUUGUAAAUAUCUGUGUUGUAUGGAGCUUGAAUUAAAAUGUAAAUAUGUUUACUGUAUUUGUAAUAAAUAUAAUCCAUUCGCUGUAUAGCAUAGAUGUGUCAUGCAGAUAUCCUAAUUCUGUGUAUGGUAAUCUUGCACCAUUGAACUGUUUAGUGAAUGAGGCAACAAUAAAAAAAGCAAACAAGCAGAACAAGU